ACCACCACCAACCCCCCGCCGUCAACGUCGAACCUCCCGCGGACGACCAUGGAGAAGACGAAAAGUCGGAGGAUCUCGCAGGGAGGAUGUCGACGAUUUGGCGACCUAACCUCGACCGGCUGUACGCCAGCGUCGCCGAGAUGGAGGGAUCGGAGAGCGAAGAGGAGGAGAAGGAUGCGAUGAAGAAGGGCGUGAAGAGGAAGAGAGCCCCUCACACGAAGGGGCCAUGCGAGCACGGGGUGAAGCCUCGGUCGAGAUGCAAGGUGUGCAGCGCUUGUCCGCACGGGAAGCAGCGCAGUCGGUGCAAGGAGUGCGGUGGGUCUCAAAUCUGCGUGCACAGUCGCGUACGCUCUGCAUGCAAGGAGUGCGGCGGGGGCUCAAUCUGCGAGCACGGCCGUCAGCGCUCUAAGUGCAAGGAGUGCGGUGGGUCUCAAAUCUGCCAGCACGGUCGUCGUCGCUCUCAGUGCAAGGAGUGCGGCGGUGGAUCAAUCUGCGAGCACGGUCGUCGGCGCUCUGAGUGCAAGGAGUGCGGCGGGGGCUCAAUCUGCGAGCACGGUCGUCGGCGCUCUCAGUGCAAGGAGUGCGGUGGGUCUGCAAUCUGCGAGCACGGUCGUCAGCGCUAUCUAUGCAAGGAGUGCGGUGGGUCUGGAAUCUGCGAGCACGGCCGUCAGCGCUCUAAGUGCAAGGAGUGCAAGAAAUAGUACGAAGGUAGAAAUAGUCCGAGAUGGUACCCAACAUUGCCUUCGUAUUACUCGUC